GAAGUGUGCGAGCGCGAAGGGAGAAACUUGAGUGGCUGCGGCUCGCACUUCCGGCCAGUGCGUCGACGUCGGCCGGCUGCGAAGGGCGCCGCUUGGGGGUCUUCCGCCGCCGCUUUACGCGCUCCGGUCGUUCCCGGGCGCUCAUUUUCCUCUCUCCUCGCCGUAGGCCGUGACGACAUGAGCAGCAAAGAAGGGUCAGGAGGGUUCAGGAAAAGGAAGCAUGACAAUUUCCCACAUAACCAGAGAAGAGAAGGGAAGGAUGUUCAUUCAUCUUCACCCGUGAUGUUGGCCUUCAAAUCAUUUCAACAGGAACUUGAUGCAAGACAUGACAAAUAUGAGAGACUUGUGAAACUUAGUCGGGAUAUAACUGUUGAAAGUAAGAGGACAAUUUUUCUCCUCCAUAGGAUUACAAGUGCUCCUGAUAUGGAAGAAAUAUUGACUGAAUCAGAAAUUAAAUUGGAUGGUGUCAGACAAAAGAUAUUACAGGUAGCCCAAGAGCUCUCAGGAGAAGACAUGCAUCAGUUCCACAGAGCCAUUACCACAGGACUGCAAGAGUAUGUGGAGGCUGUCUCUUUUCAACACUUCAUCAAAACACGAUCACUUAUCAGUAUGGAUGAAAUUAAUAAACAGUUGAUUUUUUCAACAGAAGACAAUGGGAAAGAAAAUAAGACUCCCUCCUCUGAUACACAGGAUAAGCAGUGUGGUACUUGGAGACUGAAAAUCACACCUGUUGAUUACCUUCUGGGAGUGGCUGAUCUGACUGGAGAGUUGAUGCGGAUGUGCAUUAACAGUGUCGGGAACGGGGACAUUGACACCCCCUUUGAAGUGAGCCAGUUUUUACGUCAGGUUUACGACGGGUUUUCGUUCAUUGGCAAUACCGGACCUUACGAGGUUUCUAAGAAACUGUAUACCUUGAAACAAAGUUUGGCCAAAGUGGAGAAUGCUUGUUAUGCUUUGAAAGUCAGAGGGUCAGAAAUUCCGAAACAUAUGCUGGCGGAUGUCUUUUCAGUUAAAACAGAAAUGAUUGAUCAAGAAGAGGGCAUUUCUUAGAAUGACAUUACUCAGUUGUUAUUUACUCUUAAGAACUCCUGAGAGAGACCAAUUUGUAAGACUGUUAUUGAGCAUAUCAUUUGACUUCAUUGUGGCUUUGACACAGAAACGUUUUCAGUUGUACUUGUUUUAAAUUGUGUACAGGCUGUACAUAAAAUUACCGAAAUGAAUCAUUUCUUAUAUCUUGUGAAAAUUUGCGUACAGAUGUUUGUAUAGAUGCCUAUUUGAAUUUUUGCCGGCUAAACUUCAUCACUUAUCUUUGUACAUGUAAACAUGCUUCAGGGUGCACUUUCUGCCAUACCUAUUUUAAUUUACUUUGUACAAAUUUGGAGUGAUAAUAUUCAGUGGAAGCUGUUUAUGAUUUUAAGUUGGUGAUUUUGUUAUAUGUAGAAAAGAUUUCUUAGUUAUACAUCUGGACUUGAGCUUCCUGUUUAAAUUUCUUGGAAAUAUUGUGCCAAGCCUCCAAAAUAGGCUUAUUCCAUAGGACAAGAAUUAAAAGUUAUUAAGUUACCAAUAUACCUUAAUUUUAUGAGGUAUUGUAGUGAAAAUUCGUGUUAUAUUCUGGCUAAUUCUAGACCAUUUUGCGUCCAUAUGAAAUAGCCUUCCAGAAAAAUUGACAGACACCCAGGUGUCACUUUCUGCACUUAAUUUUUGUCCUUUAUCACAGAAUGUCUUGAUAGAGAAUCGGCACUGACACUGUAAUAUUUUCACUGGUACUGGAGUUGAAUUACACACUUACACAUACAGCUGAAAAGGCAGUAGGGGUUAUUUAGCAAUUUUUGUUGUUGUCAGGUUUCAUUAGGCGUGUUUGGAGGCUUUCCUGUUUUAACACCUAUAAGAAAUUACAUCUAAAUAAUUAUAAUGGAGUUUUGAUCUUUUUGAAAUGUUAAGUUAAUCCAAGUCUUUAUAGUUGUCCAGUUGUGUUAAUGGAUAGUAUAAAAAGUUGCCAAAGAAAUUUUAUCACGUACAAUUCAGCAAUAAGACAGUUGUCAACACAGUUGGGAAUAAAAGCAGUAUCACUAGAAAUAGAAGUAGUCUCACUAGCAAUAUUUAGAAUUGGAAGUUGCCUACUGAAAUUAGUUAAUUAGAUUAUUCCCUGUGAUGUGAAACGGACUUGAGCAUGACACCGCUGGCCGACAACCAGACAUGUUCAUUUGGUUUUGCAAAUUUUGAGAAUCUAAUACUGGAUUUUAUUUUUGGGAAGAUUUAGCAGCUCUAUUUGCAAGGGCUUAUUCUUUGAAAGUGUAAUUUUCCAAAAAUGAUGACCUAAAGGAAAAUAAAAUAUAUAUAUGCCUAAUAGACUAGGUUGGUUUGUUUGUUUUGAUGGUAGUAAGUUUUUUUGAUUUCCCUACUUGAUACGCAGCUGAGAUAGUCUGAUUACAUAUUUUUGUUUCCUCUGCCACUUGAAGUUAAAUUUUUUAAUGUUAAAAGUAAAAUAAUGGAUUGAUGAAUGUCUUACAGAUGUUUAUAACUAAACUCUUUGAAUAAAAUAAUAAAAUACA